AUGGAGACAGGAUGGAAGGUAAAUGCAGAGAUAUCACCAAGUUGUCCUCGGUGUGGUUCCUCAAAUACUAAAUUUUGUUACUACAACAACUACAGCUUAACACAACCAAGGUAUUUCUGCAAAGGUUGUAGAAGGUAUUGGACGAAAGGAGGAUCCCUACGAAACGUGCCUGUAGGUGGUGGUUGCAGGAAGAAUAGAAGAGGAAAGUCAUUCAGGCUAUCAAGUGAUGUUCAUUCUAAGAGUUUAGGUUAUGGAGGUUUGCCUAAUAACUUUAUUAGGCAUCCAUAUAGUCAUAAAGGAAUUUCCUCAAUAGAGUCCUCUAGCUCAUCGAUGAUUCCUGAUGAUGGUUCUCAUAUCGAUCUUGCACUUGUUUACGCGAAGUUCUUGGAUCCACAGCAAGAGUCCAAGGUGCCAGAAUUUACCAGUGAGUUUGAUCCAUCUAUCAAAUUCCCUUACAUUUCGAACACAAAUUUGAAACCAAGUGCUCCAUUGUCAGAAGAAAAUGGUACUGCCAUCUCUAACAGCUUGUCGUCAGAAGUUCCUUUGGGUGACAACGAUCACUUAAUGUACUACUAUGGUUUAGACUCAGCACACAAGCACCAAGAUCACCAACACAGGACUCAGCAAUGUACAAGUCACGACCCAAGCAGCUUCGAAUUGCCACCAUUGGGAGGAACAGACAUAACCUCUCAAGGGAUACUUUGGUCGAAUUCUCACUUGAUGGAUAAUCAUACCCUGGACAUGUCUCAACAGCCGGUGCUUGGACCUGAAAUUCAAGAUCCUAAUCUAUUGUUUGGUAACUGGAGUCCCUAUGAUUUGUCUAGGCUGGUUGGUCACGCUUCUGUUUCAGAAAAGGUUAAAACAAUGGUGGUUCCCUACCUUUUGCCGAGGGAUGAACUAGAAUUGUAA